AAGUGAAAGCGGUUGCUCUUUUCCUCUCUUUGUUACCAGGCUCGAUGGAUCCAUGCUUUCGUGAUAUAUACCGAGUUCUAACCCUACCUUCUGAAUGUUGCUGAGGAAAUUGAGACUCAUCAGACCAGCCUAAGUUUUUCUAAUCUUCUCUUGUCCAGUUUUGGCAAUCCCAAGCCUUAGCUUCUUACUGUUAGCUCAGCAUAGUGGAACCCAGAGUGGUCUUCUGCUCCCGUAGUCCAUCUGCUUAAAGGUUUGAUGUGUUCAGGGAUGCUCUUCUGUAAAUCUUGGCGGUAGCGAGCGGUUAUUUGAGUUACCGUUGCUUUCCUAUCAGCUCAAAGCAGCCUGGCCAUUCUCCUCUAACAUCAACAAGGCAUUUUCCCCUGGAGAAGUGUGGCUCAUUAGAUAUUUCCUUUUUCAGAUCCUUCUCUGUAAACCUUAGAGAUACCUUACAGAUAGCAGAUCAGCAGUUUCUGAAAUACUCAGACCAGCCUGUGUGGCACUAACAGCCAUGCCACAUUUGAAGUCACUUAAACACCUUUCUUCCGCAUUCUGAUGCUCAGUAUUGCGCCUAAAUGUAUUGAGUUUCUGUCAUGUGACUGGCUGAUAUUUGCAUUAUGUGCAGUUGAAUAGGUGUCCCUAACAAAGUGGCCAGUGAGUGUAACUGUGACAGUAAUCAGAAGCAGAUUGAUCCUGGAUUUAUAAACUUUCUAAUACGAAUUGGGAACGUGUCACAAACCUUUGGUUGAAUCCUAUAAAAUAAAUUUCAGCAGUGAGGCGUCUCUAUAGGAGCAUAUCAGUGUUACAGGCUCUGCACACGUGUAAUGCGGUGGUGCUGAACCGUAUGUCACUGCCGCACAGUCAUUUUAAUAUCAUCUGAGCUGCCGCACACCGUGCGCAUGAACCAAAACAGUGAGUACCCAGCACAUCACGGCUUUGCAUCCACUCUCCCAUGCUCUACUUGUGUGACCUCCCCCCGCCCCCAUCCGUCUAUAUAAACUGCAGGGAACCCCCAUCAGGGCAUUAAGAGACUUCACUCAGCUGGAGAUUACCGAGGGAUGAGGCUGCAGGCACAUCAAGAAGGCAGAAGCUGUAAAUUUCGCUCCGGGAUUUAUCCAGAAAGUGUGUUUUAUUUGUAUUUUUGGAAAUGCACGAAUUAAACUUUGAAAUCGGUGUUCCGCAGAAACAGGUUUAAGCAGCAUAUUAAGGUCUUGGGCCUGAGUUAAUGCAGUAGAACCAACAGGGGGGAACUUCUGAUUAUCUGAGACUAAGUUUAGUCACCUUUAAUCCCAGAGAAACGAGACGCUUCUGGUUCACCUGAGAAGGAUAAAAAGCUUCUGAAGUGUCUUUUAAGAAGUAAGAAGGCUGUUUGUUUCUGUGCUGGAAGAGGUUUAAUCCCACCGCUGUGUAUAAUCCAGUCCAUCCCGAUUUUGCCGCCGGCACCAUGCUGUCCAGUGUGCGCCGUCACAGCCUCCGCCUGCAGAACGAGCUCCACCGGUGGAGCAUCUGCGACGCGGGCAGCCACCCGCUCUCGGACAGCCUCCUGGCGAGGGUCCCCGCCUGCAUCUCUCGCUCCAAAUCCUGCGCCAGCUCCGCCGGGGAGUCGGACGGGAGCAGAGGGAGCUGGUCCUCCUCGGACUCAGUCAUCUCCACCGACUCCGCCGGGGAGCACUCCGCGGAGCCCGGGAGACCGUAUCGGGUGGUGCUGCUGGGGGCCAGCGGGGUCGGUAAGACGGCUUUCGCCAGCAUCUUCGCCGGUGCAGCGGACAGCAUGGACAGCGACGACUGCGAGCUCUGUGGAGAUGAAGUGACUGAAAAGGAAAUUGAAGUGGAUGGAGAGCCUGCCUCUAUAACUCUGAUUGACACCUGGGAUUCAGAGACUGACAGUGAAUGUAUGUACGAGCGGUACAUGCAGACUGGGGAUGCCUACCUGUUGCUGUACUCUAUAACUGACCGGGCCUCAUACCUGAGAGCAUCUGAGCUCCGGAUAACCCUGCGUCGCUUCCGCCCUGCCCAGAACACACCGAUUAUCCUUGUGGGGAACAAGUGUGACCUGGUGCGACGCAGAGAGGUGUCAGUGAGUGAGGGUCGCGCUUGUGCCGCUGUGUUCGACUGCAAGUUCAUCGAGACUUCGGCCGCCAUGCAGCACAACGUCUGGGAGGCUUUCCGCGGCAUAGUGCGACAGCUACGUCUACGACGGGACUCCAAAGAAGCCAACAAACGCCGCAGGCACAGAAGCUGCACUACCCGCCGAGAGAGCAUCCCUAUGAAAGCCAAACGUUUCCUUGACAAAGUGGUGGCAAAGAACAACCCCAGCGUGGCGUUCUGGCUGAAAUCCAAGUCCUGCCAUGAUCUCUCUGUGCUGUAGGAGCCUGAUGGGUGAAGCCAGAUCUACAUCACACCUUUGAGCAGGAGAACAAGUUACUAGGUGGAGGAUAAGCCUACAUCUGAGGUGGCUACAAAGUUGGAUGGUUCGCACGCAGCCUUCACGGUGUUCACAUCCACCCUCCAAACAGCCGGGACGGUGUUAGGAACGCGUUGCAAUCCAGCACAGACUGAGAGGACUCGGCUUAGAUUGUCUGCCUUUGAAAUGAACUUUGUUAGAGGCCUCGUGUCUGUGUGACAGAAAUGUCUAAGAUUAGAGACCAGCUGAUGGAAACUGAGAAAAGGAAGUUAUUUAUUUAUUUAUUUUGUUGUUUGUGUUUUGAACAAACGCAUUUUAACAGCCUUUUCUCUCCUUUCUUCUCUUUUUUCCUGAUCAGUUUGCUCCGAUUUUUUGCCAAAUUUUGACUGUUGAUCCCAAAGUGCUAUGAUUUGUAAGCUACUUUGUGCAGUUAAUGUCUUUGAUUAUGUGUACGAUGAUCUUUUGACAGUUACUUUAUUUAUACGUGUCGUAUUUUGCACUUGUUGUACAUAAAACCACAUUGAUAAUGUAUCUUUUUUUUUGUUUUAAGUGUUGCUUGAUGAAAUAAAGUGACAUAACAGCUUUUGGAAGGGAAAAAAAUAACACUCUUUUGUCUGCCAUCUCCACAUCACUGAUGAGAAAUGAUAAUGGGUGACUCAGCUUUGACACAAAGGAGACACACUUGGACAAAUAGGGUCUCGCAGCAACACUGCGCUGAUGCAGGAUGAGUCAGGUGGUGACAUUAAACCUGAACUUACUUCAGCAACAUUAGUCCCCUGCGCGUCUGAUUGGGUACGGUGAUUUGGCUCCCAGUGUGGCACCGGACAAGCUCUCAAGCUUGGUGUUGUUGGGAAAACGGUCAAAUGCAGAAAAAUGUGUUGCCAAGGUAACAUUCAGAGGAAGUGUGUUUGGUUCAGAGAGCGUCGGGCAGAUGGUGUUGGCCGCAAUACCGGGCUGUGUGCAC